UCUCAUCACCAUCUCUCACUUCCCAAUUCCCCAAAUCUUCUCCAACACCAUCCAACGAUUCAAUAACUCUACGAACUAGCCAGAAAAUGGGCAAACAAUUGAUCACCGGCAACGGAACAUUCACGACGACGACGACGACGACGACCUCCAUUCUCUUGGUGGCGAUACUGCUGUCCUCGUCUUUAGCGACGAAGUCAACGGAAGCUGCUGCGGCCGCCGACACCACCAACGCAACGGCGGCGGCCACGUCGACGACGACGAUGAUGCUGAGGCCGCCGGGGACGGUGUGCCGACGGGGGACGAUGCCCACGAAGCUGGCGUGGCAGUGUUGGGUGGCGAUAUUCGAGGUGCCCCUCUGCAUAUUCGAGAUCGCCGACGUGUUCGAAGGCGGAUCCAUCUUCACCGUCGGGAAGGUCUGCUGCCACGCCUUCAUCGACCUCACCGACGAUUGCAAGAUCGAGGUGUUCCAGCACGCCAAGUUCUUCCCCGUCGUUGAGAAGUUCUGUUCCAUCCUUGUCGCCGACGCCGCUGCUGCUGCUGUUAAUACCACUGCUGCCGCCGGUGACCGAGCUCUAUUACCUCCUGGCUCGGCUUGAUCGAGCGCACUCGGCCGUUCAUGUAUUUAUUUUAAGUCGGAUUUCAAUUGUUAAUUAGGUGGUGAUCAGUGUGAAUAAAUUGUGAGAAGAUCAGAAAGAGGCCAACUCCAUGAAACAUGUAAAAAGUUUGAUGUUUUUAAAUUGGUUUGUCAAUACUACUCUGUUUCUAAGCUCUUGGAACCUAAUUCUUCCCCUUUCUGCAGAAAAAAACAAUUAACGUAGUGAGAAUCGUAUUGAGAAGCUGGGAAUGUAUUUUAAUUUAAGUUUUAAGGUUGACGAUGACGUUGACCACACUUUUGUGGGCUUGACUCAGGUUGGACUCUGCUUUUGUUAAACUGGGCCUCUAAUGUGUGAGCCCAACAUUUGUUCCGCCCUUCAACAACAGAGAUCUACUAAGCAGAUUCCAUGUAAGUUUUCAAUUGGAAUUUAAGCCAAAUCGCCAUGGCAAAUUACUAAUUCUGAUCAUAGAACUUGCAUAUUAAGAGAACUAAUCAAAUCACUCUGUUCAGGGAAGAAUUUUACAUCACUUUUAAACAACCAUAUUCUUAGCGAUGACUGAGGGACAUAAGCAAUCUAUUAAGAUUUUAAUUUUUUUUAAUAUAGAGUUUUAGGGAGAUAUUAAAUUGUGUAUCAAUAC